AUGGACAUUUUCAAAAUCCAGAGACGAAUAGGGAAACAGCAAGAAGACCUCCAGUGGGUUUGCGCCCGGUGCUUGGAAACUCCUACUGAUACAGAAGAGUUUGUAGCUGCAGCUGAUGCCACAUUUCACGUGUCAAUAGCCUCCCUUGGUUCAUCAGUUGCUGAACCCGAUGAUGAAGAUGAACAGGAGGAUGAAUCUACACCUGUAGCUGCAGCUGAUGCCACAUUUCACGUGUCUAUAGCCUCCCUUGGUUCAUCAGUUGCUGAACCCGAUGAUGAAGAUGAACAGGAGGAUGAAUCUAUGUCUGCACCUGAUGAUCAGUCAUUUAAUGCUGAUGGCUCUUAUGCAAUACCAGACCCAGUUCAGGAAAUGUCCAUCCAAGAAGAUGCCAUUGAGGAUAUACCUCAGCAAACUGAAGAUCCUCGGCCGGAGUACCAGAUGAUUGACUGUGGUACCAAACGAGGGAAGCAGAAACUUAUAGACAAAAGGGGAUUCCAGUACACAUUGAGGAGGACAAAAGGAGAUAACUAUGCAUACUGGAGGUGCAACAAGAGAGGGAAGACUCAACCCUGUCCAGCCACAGUAAUUCAGCGGGGAGAUGACUUCAAUGAGGGAGGGAAGAAACACAACCAUCCGGCAGAGCCAGGAAUUCAUCUAGCUGUGCAAAUAACAAGCAAGGUAAAGCAGAGUGCAUCUAUGAAUAUCUUCACUCAGUCAGCCCCAAGGAUUGUAGAGGAGGCGAUGGCAGAGACAGGUGAUAUUGAUGCUCCUCCUGCCAGCAGACCAAAACCAUCCAACCUGAUUAUAAUAAUAGGAAUAAUUGGCCCUUUUUUCUUCGAAGACACCGAAGGCGAUGCAGUGACGUGUAUAUGGCGUGUAAAACGGUGCAUUUAUACACAUAUUGAUUUACGAGUUAGAAUUGACACCAUGGAUGAAUUCAUGGGAUAUGUUUGGAGGCAAUGGUUUAAUAAUUCAAUAUUUCAUGUGAAGAACUGGAGUGUAUUUAUGGCCUCUGUGAGAACAAACAACGAUCUAGAAGGUUGGCACAACCGAAUCAACUCCAGAAUGAACUCCAGAGGACGAGUCCCAUUUUACCUCCUAUUAAAAGAACUGUGCAAGGAGGCCACUGCCAUCCCCAUGCAGGCCAGGCUGCUGACGGAAGGGAAGAUGGAGAGACUACACAGGAAACAGUCCUCCAGACUCAAUGGCAAACUCUUCAAACUUUGGGAGGAAUACAAUUGCAGACAGAUCAGCACCACCCAGCUGCUGAGAAAGUGCUCAUACUUAUAUGGACCUGUUGACAUCUGAUGUGUUGUGUUAAGUGUUAAUUCAGCGGUGUUGGGGAAAAAUGUUAUUUAUUUGAUUGAUUGAAACUGUAUAAUGGUAAACGUUUGUUUGACAUAAGUAAUGCUAAAUAAACCACAUUUAAAAAUGC